UCCCCGAGUUGUGACUGACAGGUCCCCUUCUCGGACUCUCAUCUACGCCACGGUUGUUGACACUCUCCAAAAGUCCACACGACUCUCCCUCGCGGAUGACUAACGGAGGCUUCAUCAAAGUUCACCCCAGCCCCCUCUGGUUCGCCUGCCGGAGGACGCGCACGCCAUCGCGAGGAGGCGCCGGACUCCGAUCGCGGACUCUUUAAUUUGCAGAGCGUUCGUGCCGUGAACCGUCCUCGCGUCGCCGUCUUCUCACACUUGCCGCUCCUCGGUCCCGAGGCAGGGAGAUAAUGGCAGAGAAGCGGCGGUCCCCGUGCGCGCUGAGCGUCAAGGCGCACGCGUUCUCCGUGGAAGCCUUGAUCGGCGCGGAGAAGCGACGCAGGACCAGCGCGGAGGACGCCGUGUCCUCGGGGCUCGAGGACGGCAUCGACGUCUCUGAUCUGAGCGAGACCUCAGGGCCGAGGGCCGACAGAGCUUGCGCCAGCGACCGGGGCAGCGAAGCUGAGUGCGCGAGUGACGGAUCCCCGGAGAGCGAGGACGCGCUGCUGGAGAGCCCGCAGCCCGCAGCCCUGUGCACGACGCCGGUCUCCGGCACCGGGGAGGAGACGCGCGUGGACCUGCAGGGAUCCGAUCUGUGGAAACGGUUCCACGAGAUUGGCACGGAAAUGAUCAUCACCAAGGCUGGGCGGCGGAUGUUCCCCGCUAUGCGUGUGAAGAUUACGGGCCUGGACCCACAUCAGCAGUAUUACAUCGCUAUGGACAUAAUCCCCGUGGACAACAAACGAUAUAGGUAUGUGUACCACAGCUCCAAGUGGAUGGUAGCGGGGAAUGCGGACUCCCCUGUGCCGCCCAGGGUCUACAUCCACCCGGACUCUCCGGCCUCAGGAGAGACAUGGAUGCGCCAGGUGGUCAGCUUCGAUAAACUCAAACUGACCAACAACGAGCUGGACGACCAGGGACACAUCAUCCUGCACUCCAUGCACAAGUACCAGCCCCGGGUCCAUGUAAUCAGGAAGGAGUGUGGAGAGGAGUUAUCCCCAGUAAGAGCCAUCCCUGCUGGGGAAGGCACCCGCACCUUCUCCUUCCCCGAGACCGUGUUCACUACGGUCACAGCCUACCAGAACCAACAGAUUACAAGGCUGAAAAUUGACAGAAACCCAUUUGCCAAAGGAUUCAGAGACUCUGGCAGAAACCGGAUGGGCCUGGAGGCGUUGGUUGAGUCGUACGCCUUCUGGCGUCCGUCGCUGCGAACGCUGACGUUCGAGGACAUCCCCGGCAUGGCCAAGCAAGGAGUCCCGGGAGCACAUGGAGCAGUCGGAGCGACAUCCCACCUGCUCUCCACAUCCCCGUGCUCCUCUCCCUUCCAAGUCUGCCCACUCAGCCCGCCCGACUACGCCUGCAGCCGACCUACGCACCCGCUCCAUCGCUACGGCAACCCCCCGGAGCCGUUCCCCCCUCCCCGGGGUCCACCGGGAUAUGAAGGUGAAGGAUUCUGCUCCCUGCCUCUCCCUGCUUCUCAGCUGGGCUAUCUAUCCAACCCCACCCCACAGGGCUAUGCCGGCCUCCGCCUGCACACACCACCCUACGGCCUGUAUGGUUACACAUUCCCCCCGUCACCACGCCUCGCUGCCAGCCCCGAUAAAAUGGCCGCCGCUGCCACUGCCAAUCAUCAGAGCUCCUUCCUUGGCUCAUCUCCCAGCGGGACUCUCACGGACAGUCUGGGCGUGCUCAGCGGAGGACAGCAGGGCUUCUUGUUUGACUCUCGGACUUUAGGACUGGCGGGUACCCAGCCAGGAGGAGGGUCCUCACAGGUCACCGCCCACAUGGGCUGAAUGUCACCGUGGACAUUUAGGGGCAACACAAAACCAAAUGACACCCUGGAAUGGUGUAAGGUGCUCUCGGUUCACAGCUACUAUUAAUCACUCAUCCAUAUUGUGAACCAGCGCUGGCCUAAGCUGGACGAACAGCGAAGAGUGAGAGAUGAAGCCUCUCCUGCUGUGAACAUAAAGAGCUCGUCAAAGCUUCUUUCAAGCACGUCUCCCACGACGUGCAUGUGCAGCUGCAGUGGUUGCUAAAGGCACCAGUGGCCUGUGGCUUAACAAGGAGUCCAAGUGAUGCAGCCCAGUGACUGAAUAUGCCACUUAAUAUGGAUUGGGAAGGAACUGGGCUGGUCCAGGCACUUAAAGCAAGCACUUCAACCCCUGGAAGGAGCCCUUGAGCCCGAAACUAUGACUAACGCAGCAUUCUCCACUGUCUCUAUGAACAUCCGUUGACUGGAGCCACUAAACUACAAAACUUUUGAGCCUUCUUUCUGACAUAUCAACAUCAAUUAUUUUUCAAUAACUGGUGGUGCUCUCAAUCACGUCUUUGGAUUUCCACAUACAUAUUCAGCAUUAUGCACUAGAGGCAGAGCCUUUUUCACCACUCAGACAUAAAAGACUUGUUUAAAAUGUUUACACACAACGCCGGGAGCCUGAAGCGUAUUAGCACAAUGACAUCAUGUCCAUAGCCAAGCAUGGCAGAUAUCCCAGCGACAGGUACUGAGUGAUGAGGUCAAAGUUGUGAGUCUUGGAUGAUGGACUGAGCCACGGAUUCUGCACCACGUUUGACAGACACUCACUCAAUGCAGCUGUUCCAACGUCAGGCUGAAGUGACUUCAUUCUUGUGUGACACGUACGUAACUGCAGCAGGAGGUUGUGUGACCCUACGCACUUACAGUAAAACCCACCAUGCACCUGCUUUGACUCUUUGGACUGGUCCACAACCAGCCACGAUGAAGUUGACUGAAAUAUUCUCUUUGCAGACGCACGUUCAACCAAGGACAGUGACUAGUUCUUUGACCCUUUUGAGCCAAAUAAAUCUAUCUAUCUAUUCAUGUCACAGUGUUUAUAAGCAAUCAGUAUCUUCUUAAUUUAACUGAUGGUUUAGUGAUGAAAUGUGUUAUGUGAGUUUCCUUUACACAUUUUUAAAAACGCUUUUACUAAAGUAAUCACAAUACAG